ACACACGUCGCGCGGACGCCCGCUACUAUCGACACGUGCGCAACCCUAUCCCGUGUUCCAUUUUCGUGUUGUGAACUUGUGUUAGUAAAUCGGUUGUGACUGUGCAUGUGCUAUGUGUGAGUCGGCUCGGAGGUGACAUUAGUGCUGUUGUGAACGAUGAUCAGUUGGCGGACUAUGAACACGAGUCGUCGGAAAUAUACACACUGGUUCAGUAUGGCGGAUGCUGUUGCGAGUAUAUCACGGAGUACGUUCAUACUGCUAGUGCUGGCUUCGCUCAGUACGCGGGCCGGCGAGCUAUGGCCGACGGAGCGGCCGGAGGGCAUGCCGGUGAUACAGUCCCUGGAGGUGAUGUGCGGGAAGGACCACAUGGACGUCCACCUCACCUUCUCACAUCCUUUUGAGGGCAUCGUAUCGUCUAAAGGUCAGCACGGUGACCCGCGCUGCGUGUACGUGCCUCCCUCCACGGGGCAGACUUACUUCUCCUUCCGCAUCGCCUACUCCAAGUGCGGCACCAAGCCCGAUCUCAACGGGCAGUUCUACGAGAACACGGUGGUGGUGCAGUAUGACAAAGACCUGCUGGAGGUGUGGGAUGAAGCGAAGCGGCUGCGGUGUGAGUGGUUCAACGACUACGAGAAGACAGCGUCCAAGCCACCCAUGGUGAUUGCUGAUCUGGACGUCGUGCAGCUGGACUUCCGAGGUGACAACGUGGACUGUUGGAUGGAGAUACAGGCCGGCAAGGGGCCGUGGGCACCGCCGGUCUCUGGCAUCGUGCCUCUCGGCUCCACUCUCACCCUAGUCGUCGCCAUCAAUGAUUACCGAGGCGAGUUCGACAUGCGUGUGAAGUCUUGUGCGGCUUCAGACGGGUCCGGCCACAUCAUCCAGCUGUCCGACGAGUACGGCUGUGUGCUGCGACCGAAGAUGAUAUCCAGGUUCCUCAAAGCGAAAGCGGCGGACGAGCGGGCGACCGUCAUCACCUAUGCGUUCUUCCACGCGUUCAAGUUCCCCGACGCGCUAAGUGUGCACAUUCGAUGCAAGGUCGAAAUUUGCCGACACGGGUGCCUCGAUCACUGUCAGCUCGCUGGCAUCGCCCCCGAGAGGGCCCUGGACAGGAAGGACGAUAGGACGCAGCAGGACCACAAUGAUAUCGGUGAAUCUUCCAUCGAAGAUGCGGACUUGGCUCUAGCCGAGGAUCAUCAGCGUCUACCGCUAGAGGAGGCAUUCGGUGACGAAGUAUCAGGCGAUGCAGUGGCGGCUCCUGCACCGAUGCCCCAUAUCGCCCCCGCGUCGCUGCCGCAGCGGGCCCCCGAGCCCGACACUGACAGGAUGAGCGCAGUAGAGGAGUUGGUGGAGGCGUUGGCUAGACCGUUCACUGACCGGCCCACCGAGCUCGACCGUGAGCGGUUCCCGCACGGUCCUCGCAACCUCAGUCCCGACGCGAAGCCCGUGGUCCCAGCGAAGCAGCCCGGACCGGCCGUGGCUGGUCCCCGCUCGCUGAGGAAACGCCGGACCGUCCGCGACGCGAGAUCGGCCGAUGUCGGCGUGUCCGGCAUUUAUGAUGUGGUCUCGGAAGCGGAUCUCGCGUUUGGACCAACGCGGGAACCCGUUACGGUCUUCAGCGGACGGAUAAGAGAGGAGGUGGUAUACGGCAUAUGUAUGGGUGCGGUCGGUUUCGGCGCGUUGUUCGCGUCAGCUGCGGGCGCGGCUGCGGGCGCGGCGUUGGCAGCUGCAGUAUUACUACACAAGUUGCGGACGCGCGUCGCGACAGUCGCGUCGCCGCAGCCCGCGUCGCAUUCCCUCGCUGCGUGGAUGGCAUUACGGUUAUUGGGCUCCCCGCCUCCACGGGAAGGCUGAGGCUAUAAGGAAUAAUUUGCCGUGAAUUUUUCUGUAAUCAGCGUUGUUGUCACACUGACGUCGUAUACCGCAAAAGCAAUAGAGCGAGAU